GGAUGUGUCUGUGCUGACAUCUGCACACCACUGGUUUCAGCCGACGGCUACCGCAGUCGGGCCAGCAAACAGCAACUUCCGCAGACGCAAAGAGACAUGUAACUUCUCGCCAAGCUGUGGAAAUGCUGUUUUUACAAGAAGCGACCAGUAGUUGUUGACCUCAGUCGUGUGGUGUCUGCUCGGCACACUUGGGACCCAGUCUCACCAGUCUCAUGUCCUCGCCGCCAUGAGGGGACGCUGCUCACGCAAGCUAGGUGUGCUCGCCAAGGCUUUCCUCCUGCUGUGGCUGCUGUGGCUGGGAUACCUCCUGCUGGCGCACUCCCCCUCCGUGGCUCACGACCACAGCGCACCAGACCUGGACCACGAACGUCGUGUAGUAGCGCAGCACCCUGAAAAACGGGAUAACGAUGACGGGGGGCUCUCCAGGCCGCUGUAUGCCAAGCCGCCCGCCGACAACAAUGCCCCGGGAGAGUGGGGCCGGGCGGCGCACCUCAACCUCAGUCCGGAAGAAAAGAAGCAGGAGGAGGACAGCGUGGAGCGCUACGCCAUCAACAUCUUUGUCAGCGACAAGAUUUCGCUCCACCGACACAUCAAAGACAACAGGAUGCCCGAAUGCCGAAGCAAGACAUUUGACUACCGCCGCCUGCCCACCACCUCCGUCGUCAUUGCCUUCUACAACGAGGCGUGGUCCACCUUGCUCAGGACCAUCCACAGCGUCCUGGAGAGCACGCCCGCCGUACUGCUGAAGGAGAUCAUCCUCAUCGACGACUACAGCGACCGAGGGUACCUGAAAUCCCAGUUGGCGGAAUACGUCAGUAACCUGCAGCGUGUCCGGCUCAUCCGCACCAAAAAGCGAGAGGGCCUGGUCCGGGCCCGCCUCAUCGGAGCCUCCUAUGCUACAGGCGACGUACUGACCUUCCUGGACUGCCACUGCGAGUGCAUCCCCGGCUGGAUCGAGCCUCUGCUAGAGAGGAUCGGCGAGAGCUCCAGCACCAUUGUGUGCCCCGUCAUCGACACCAUCGACUGGAACAGCUUUGAGUUCUACAUGCAGACGGACGAGCCCAUGAUCGGAGGCUUCGACUGGAGGCUCACCUUCCAGUGGCACGCCGUCCCCGAGGUGGAACGCAAGAGGCGCAAGUUGCGCAUCGACCCCCUCAGGUCCCCGACCAUGGCGGGCGGGUUGUUUGCGGUCAGCAAGGCCUACUUUGAGCACCUGGGCACCUACGACACUGGCAUGGAGGUGUGGGGCGGAGAAAACCUGGAGCUCUCCUUUCGGGUGUGGCAGUGCGGGGGCAGCCUGGAGAUCCACCCUUGCUCCCACGUGGGUCACGUCUUCCCUAAGAAGGCCCCUUAUGCCCGGCCCAACUUCCUGCAGAACACGGUGCGAGCAGCCGAGGUGUGGAUGGACUCGUACAAGCAGCACUUCUACCACAGGAACCCGGCCGCCAGGAAGGAGACGUACGGCGACAUCUCUGAGCGUCUGCUGCUGAGGGAGCGGCUGAAAUGCAACACGUUCCACUGGUACCUGAACAACAUCUACCCUGACCUCCACAUUCCCGAGGACAGGGAGGGCUGGCACGGCGCUGUGCGCAGCUCAGGAAUAAACUCGGAAUGUUUGGACUACAACGCUCCGGAUCACAGUCCCACUGGUGCCCACCUCUCCCUGUUUGGUUGUCACGGCCAGGGAGGCAACCAGUACUUCGAGUACACGUCCCAGAAGGAAAUCCGAUUCAAUUCGGUGACCGAGCUGUGCGCUGAGGUGCUGGAGGGACAGUCGUCCAUUGGGAUGCGGCACUGUACCCGUGACGGCGAAGUCAAGCCGGCCAGCAUCAUUUGGGAGUUUAGGGACGACAAAAGAAUCUACCACCCGCACUCUGACACGUGUGUGACGGCCUACCGCAAGCCGGAGGGCCGCACGGACGUCCAGAUGAAGCGCUGCGACCCUCAAGAUAAAAACCAGCAAUGGAAGUUUGAGUGGUAGAGCGUGAGAGACCUUCUUUGACCUUUUAGUGGCCUUCUCCGCCCACUUUCUCCCCCCUUUCUUCUCCCUCUCUGCCUUUUACCUGGGAGAGAGACAAGCAAAUGAAAGGUCCUAAGAAGACGAGGACUUGCGACUGCGAGUCUGAGAAGCUGCAGAAAGAUGGAGAAGACUUUUUACCUUUCAUUCCCAAUGCAGGAAAAACAGGAAGUGCUUUUUGGAGAGACUUGGCGUGUCUUGUUUGGGGAAGCCUGUUUUUUUCUUGAUAGCACCUGUCUGGUCUCCAUUGUAUGUGGAAGCCCGUUUCCACCACUGAGAACAUUUUUUAUACCAAUGGUAAAUCGAAAUUAAAAGUCAAAAUUGAGAUUAAAAAGUCAAAAUUAUUAGAUAAAAGUCAUAAUAAUGAGAUAAAGUUGAAAUUAUAAGAUAAUAAGUCAUACUUAUAAGAUCAGAAAUUUGCAAGUAUGAGAGAAAAAGUGAAAAAAACUCAAAAUUAUGAGAUAAAAAGUUACUGUGAUUAAAAAGUCAAAAUUAUGUGAUAAAAAUCAAUUAUGAGAUAAAAAAAUCAAAAUUAUGAGAUUAAGUCAUACUUGUAAGAUGAUAAAUGUGCAAUUAUGAGAUAAAAAGUUGUAAAAGUCCAAAUUAUGAGAUAAAAAGUCAAAAUUAUGCAAUAAAAAGUAAUGAGAUAAAAAGUCAAAAUUAUGACAUACAAACUGCGCAUGUUUCUUCACUGGAGCCUUUGUCACAUGACACUUGCGCGGUUUGUGUAUCAUAAUUUUGACUUUUUAUCUCUUAAUUGUGACUUUUUAAUCUCAUAAUUUCUAUUUUUUAUCUCAUCACUUUGACUUUUUAGCUCAUAAUUCUGACUUUUUAUCACAUAAUUUCAACCUUUCAUCUCAUAAUUUCAACUUUUUAUUUCAUAUAUUGGGAUAUUUUUUAUCUUUCAGUGGUGGAAACGGGCUUGGGCUUUCAUACCAAUGAUACGAAGGCAAUGUUUUGUACAACUCCUAAACUGACUCGCUGGCGCCUCCCUUGGAAGAAAGUGGUAUUGCCAUAGAGUCCUUAUGCACUCCUGAUUGUUCCAUUUGGCAAGAAGGAACAGGAAGUUCUGCAGCAUUUUGGACCCAAAGCUGCUGCUUUCUCCUCACGCCACGUGAGAGGAAAGGAAAAGGAAUCUUGUCCAAAUGAGGCUGGUUUUAUUGUAAGUGCAAUUUGUCCAACUAACUGUCCUAACUGUGCCUUUAGAGAGGUUGUCAUCCGCACUCCUCUAAGGUCGAGCAUUCUAAAUGCUUCAAGAAAGAAAAAUGACACGGUUGGAUAUUAACAUUUAGAUGCGUCGGGACCCAUCGGACUUUAAAUCGGGUUCUGCUAGAAGUUUUCAUGAAGUGUCUGAGCUGUACUUGAAGAGGCUACAAACAUGUCUUUCUUGAAGACGGUUGGUAACGCCUCAGGUGGCGUUUGUUUUGUGUGUCUUUGGAAUAUUGUUGCCAGUGGCAGAGCCAGAAAUUUUUCAUUGGGGUGGCCAAGGUUAGACCAUUACUGACAUGGGGUGGCAUUAAGAUGAUACCGGAAACGUCUCGAUGGCCAGUGGGGUGGCCGGAGAGUGACUCGUCACCCCGUAGCUCCGCCACUGAUGUUGCUGGGCUUAAUUAAGGGAGCAGAUGGAAACUACUGAUGCAAUGCAGGGACUACUUGAUUUGAAGAAAAAAAGAUGAAUUAAAAAUAAUUUUCUCCUUAUGUGUGCUUUUAGAUUGUGUACAGCAUGCAAGAACCCUGAUUGGGCUUGCAGUGUUGCUUUGCUUCCUGUAUUCCUAAUGAAUGGCCACCCCCUAGUGGCAGAACAACGUAUUACAGGAGUGUCCACAUAGUGAAAAAUGAAAGGACGGAUGUCACUGAUAUUUUGUAAAGUUAUAUAUAUUUCAAGAAAAAACUGCUUCUCAGCUUUUUCGUAUAAAGUAGGUGAAAAAGACUGUUAUUAAUAUCAACUUUGCUGUUGUUUUUUUUACAU